AUGAAGUUUUCGAUCGUUACGUACUUCGCUGUUGCGGCAUCGGCUGCCGUUGUCGACACCGACAGCGCCAUGGAGAUACCUGCGGCUCUCGAGGUCCCUGCCGUGCAAGCCCGCGCCACGGGUUGUAAUGCCGACAAUUGCCUCCGUGCCGUGAGGGCCACUCGCUACGGCACUGCUACCAUGGAGCUUCGCAUGGCUGAAUGCAGCUCAUUCCUCGCUGUCACAGAGACCCCAAGUGCCUCUACCGUCUACGUUACCGAGUCCAGCAUCGAGACGAUCACCGCCAACGCCACCAAGACCAUUUACCAGCGUCAAGCCGCUGAAACCUCCAUCUCCACCAAGGCUAUCCCUGAGUAUGCCUCCGCGUGUUCGGAUGCAGCCCGCUACAGCUCUGCUUGCUCCUGCUUCGGCGCCACUGCCGCCACGACCACCAUCCCAGCGUUGACCGUCACCUCGACAGUGUCUUUCGUAUCAACCACGACCCUCGCACCCUUUGUCAACGUCACCCGCCCUGCGCUGUCCUGCAGUAAGGUCUGGAACUGCGGCGACUCCACGAUUCCCCUCUGCUCCGGCGAGUCUGGCUGCGUGUGCUUUAAGACCGUCGAGGGACGCGACGUUUGCGCCGAGCCAAACGAAUGCGAAUCCAGCUGCGACACGACCAACGACUGUGGCAACGGCGAAGUAUGCAUCAAGCAGAGCUGCUGUGCUGGAGGCACUUGCAUGAAAGUCGAUGUUUGCUUGAACCAGGUCCAGCCGAAGAUGAUGUUCAAGAGGCGCAAUGCUGCCUGGAUCAAAAAGCAGGUUCGGGCUGAUUUGCACCACCUCAGCUUGGUUCCUCACGACUCGGAGGAAGAAGCAUGA